AUGGGUGUGCUGUUGCUUGUGCUGCUUCUGGGUCUGCUCAUCUCUCACCUAGGACUCUGCCUGUGGGCCAUCUUUAGGCAUUUCCUCACCACAGAUAUUCCCUCUGCCAUGCAACAUCAAGUGAAGAUGAGAGUUCUGCACUGCAUAAUGCUAUAUGUGAUCAGUUUGGCAAACAUACUGGAAAAGAUGAGAAUUUGUUCUGUUCCCAGAUUUUUCCACUUUAUACAAGCCAUAAUAGUCAUAAAGAAGAAGGACCCUGAAUUGGUGGUGACCAACCUGCACUUUGGAACAAUCCCUGUGAGGCUGUUCCAGCCCAAAACAAUGUCCUGCAGGCCCCGUCGAGGCAUCAUCUACUACCAUGGAGGAGGCGGAGUUUUGGGCAGCCUGGAUUGUUACCACAACGUCUGUGCUUUCCUAGCUCGGGAAACGGACUCAGUGCUGCUGUGUGUGGGGUACCACAAACUUCCUGAUUACCUACCUUGUCAUUACCAAGACCGCUUCCUGAAUGCUUCUGUCCACUGCCUGAACACCUUGAAAACAUAUGCGGUGGACUCUUCACAGGUGAUGGCUUGUAAGGACAGUACUGGAGGAGGGAUUAUAGCUGUGAUCACCAGUGCCUUAAUGGGCAGAACAGAUCUUCCCCAGAUCCAGGCUGCAGUCCUGUUUUAUCCAAUGGUCCGGGUCAUAAAUCUGCAGAUAUAA